CGUCUAUGUUUUCUUUCUUUCUUUCUCUUUUUUCUAUCUCCUCUUCCCACCGCUCAAAACACAAUUACUGUAAUUCUAAGAAGACCUAAACAAACAAACAAUAAAAAUGGCUUCCAAAGCAAUGAUGACGAGCUGCGGCGUUGCGCCACUCUGCUCCUCCUCGCUCCUCUCUUCUUCCAAGCCCAAAUUCUUCCUCGCCGCCGCGCCCUUUCCCGGCGCCGCCGCUAAUGUGACCACCUCCGCCGUCAAGGCCACCAUGUCAUCCUCCGACUGGAUGCCCGGCCAGCCCCGCCCUCCCCACCUCGACGGUUCUGCUCCCGGAGACUUUGGUUUCGACCCACUUGGUUUGGGGGAAGUGCCACAACUCCUCGAGAGAUACAAAGAAUCUGAACUAAUCCAUUGCAGAUGGGCUAUGCUUGCCGUGCCAGGAAUUUUGAUCCCGGAGGCAAUGGGGUUGGGGAAUUGGGUAAAGGCACAAGAGUGGGCAGCAAUUCCAGGAGGGCAGGGGAGCUAUUUGGGACAACCCGUCCCCUGGGGCACCCUCCCCACCAUCUUUGCCAUCGAACUUCUUGCCAUUGCAUUCGUAGAGCACCAGAGAAGCAUGGAGAAAGACGUGGAGAAGAAGAAGUACCCCGGGGGAGCUUUUGAUCCCCUGGGCUACUCCAAGCAGGAUCCUGCUAAGUUCCGUGAGCUCAAAGUCAAGGAGAUCAAGAAUGGACGGCUAGCAUUGUUGGCGUUCGUGGGGAUAUGCGUUCAGCAGUCGGCGUACCCGGGAACAGGGCCGCUGGAGAACUUGGCAGCCCAUUUGGCAGACCCAUGGCACACCAACAUUGGAGACGUCAUCAUCCCCCCUUCUCUUUUCCAUUGAAAAAUGAAAGAAAGAACUAAAGAAAGAAAAAAUUGCCUGGAUUCUUGUAAUUACACUACUACUUAAUUCAUAACUCCCAGGCUUGGUUCUUUGCAUAAUUCUCUUGUCGAUUGGAGUUCCUAUGCCCCAAAAAAACGUACAAAAAUUAUCACAAUUUUUUUUUAAAUUUUUUUUAUUUCCUAAAUAUCCUCAAAUAAGUAAAGAAUAAGGAUCGGUUGGUGAGUCGUCCUGGAUGGUUUAUAUGAGAUCUUCAAAUGGCACACAUCCCCUUUAAUCCCUUUAUUGAUCAACUCGCCCAUAUGGCCAUAUCCUUCUUUACUAAGACACUUAAUUGCCUUAGCGCCGUUUUCGUAUUUAUUGUUCAAACUGGGCACCCGUAAUCCACAUGCUCUCUAGUUUGAGGGGGGUAUGACGAAGAUCUUCCAAAGUGUUCUACUAAUGUUAUUUUG